AUGGCCGAGAAUGCUGCCCAUGAUCAUGAUGAUGAUGAUUUCCAGACUGGUGAUGCCGGAGCAUCAUCCACUUAUCCUCAACAAUGCUCGGCUUUACGAAAAAACGGCUUUGUCAUGUUAAAAAGUCGUCCAUGUAAAAUCAUGGAAAUGUCAACAUCAAAAACAGGAAAACAUGGACAUGCUAAAGUUCAUUUAGUUGGUAUUGAUAUCUUUACAGGUAAAAGACAUGAAGAUAUUUGUCCAUCAACACAUAAUAUGGAUGUUCCAAAUGUCAAACGUGUUGAAUAUUCGUUAAUUGAUAUUGAUAAUGAUGGCUAUGUAUCACUUAUGGAUGAUAGUUCGGAUACACGUAGUGAUAUCAAACUUCCAGAAGGUGAACUAGGUCAAGAAAUAAAAAGCAAAUUCGACAGUGGUGAAGGUAUUAAGGUUACUGUACUUCAAGCACUUGGCGAAGAAGCAAUAAUAACUUGCAAAGUUGAACAAGAUUCAAGAAAAUAA